CGUGAACGGCUGCGCGUACCUUUUAUGGGGAGGAGAGAGGAAGGAGAUGGAGGAUGGGCAGAUCUGCACUUUCCUUCAUUUUUCUUCCUUUCCCCGUUAUUUAUUGUUAUUUACUCUCUCUUCUUCUUUUUCUUCUCAUACUCUCUCUCUCUCUCUCUCUCUCUCUCUCUCUGUGGAGCUGCCGUUGGAGACGCAGGGAAGGUUCGUUAGAUUGGUGAGCCAGUCUUCUUCUUCUUGAGUCCAGCCAUUCCCUGUCUGCAGUGGUCCUUAGAGGGUUAGACAAUUGCUCCUUCCGUUAUUGUGCCAUCAAUUCUUCUCUAAGUUUUUUAUUUCAAUAACGGAAUUGGUGGAAUCACUUGGCGAGGUCAAAUUACUCUUGGAAGAGAAGAUACAAGUGGAUUCAUGAUUGUCCUGUUUUUCGCUGCGGCCCAUUUCAUUGGCAUGUGAUUUGUUGCCGGUUGAGACACCACGAGCACUUUUGUUGGUAGGAACUGUGAGACAUGUGGGCGAUUUAUACAGGACCUAAGUCUUUUAACAUAGAAAAGAAAUGGGUACUUCCUAUUGUCAUAAGUUUAAGCUUCCUGUUUUCCCUGCUUGUCGUUGCUUUUAACUUGGGGAUGCUUUCCUCGUCACAACCAAUUUUUUCAAUUUUAUCAUUAAAAUCGAGUUCCAAUCAAACAGAUUCUAGUCUCAUAAAUCCAAACGCUACAUUCCCUCCCCCACCUGAUGCACCUCGAAUUCCUAGACUAGCUUACUUAAUAUCUGGCUCUAAAGGUGAUUUGGAUAGACUGUGGAGAACUCUGCUUGCAUUAUAUCAUCCCUUAAAUCAAUAUGUUGUUCAUCUGGACCUAGAAGCACCGGUUGAAGAGAGAUUGGCACUUGCAACCCGUGUUGAGAGUAACCCAAUUUUUUCAGAAGUGGGUAAUGUUCAUGUCAUCAAGAAGGCAAACAUGGUCACCUAUAGAGGUCCCACAAUGGUCUCUAAUACACUGCAUGCCUGUGCCAUUCUUCUUAGACAGGAGAAAAACUGGGACUGGUUCAUAAACCUCAGUGCCUCGGACUAUCCACUUGUUACACAAGAUGAUCUUCUGUCUAUAUUCACAUCUUUGCCGAGAAACUUGAACUUCAUAGAACAUACUAGCAAUCUCGGAUGGAAAAAUGCCAAAAGAGGAAGGCCACUAAUUGUUGAUCCUGGGCUAUACAUGUCAACUAAAUCCGAUAUUUUCUGGGCAAAACAGAAUAGAGAACUCCCCACAGCAUUUAAGUUAUUUACAGGUUCUGCGUGGAUGGCUUUGUCACGCUCAUUUGUUGAAUUCUGUAUUUGGGGUUGGGACAACCUCCCCAGAACACUCCUCAUGUACUAUACCAACUUCGUUUCCUCUCCUGAAGGCUACUUUCAGACCGUGAUCUGCAACUCCCCUGAAUUCCAGAGAACAGUUGUCAACCACGAUCUUCACUACAUUUCUUGGGACAAUCCACCGAGACAACAUCCGCAUUCGCUUACACUCAAUGAUACUGGAAACAUGGUCUCCAGCAAAGCUCCUUUUGCUAGAAAAUUUAAGAGAAAUGACCCCGUACUUGACAGCAUUGAUAGUUUAUUUCUCAACAGGAAAAAUAAUAGUUUCACAUAUGGUGGCUGGUGUGCUGGCAACCCGCCCUGUAGUGAAGUGGGUGAUAGAACUAACUUAAGCCCCGGCCCUGGUGCUCGCCGGCUUGCUAAACUAAUGGAUAGAAUUGUUAAUUCCCCUUAUUUCAAUGAGAGCCAGUGUAAAUAAUCAUCUUAAUAAGCAUAAUAUUUUUUUCUUUAGUUGUCCAAGGGUCUUUUGAAGAGAUUGUUGCUGAUAAUGCCUUUAGUUCUAAAGCUCUUCUUGAGCAUCAACUGAGCCCCUUUGUGGCUCCCACUAUGAUGCCAAAACGGACGCCUGUUUUGGUUUAUGCUAGAAAUGGCUGGAGGUCUGUUUGCUAA